AUGACGCUUUCACCCCUUCUCCGCACCGGCCACCACCGAUGGAGUCAAGCCGCACUCCUCCUCAGAUCAAAGCCCGGUUCACGAGCAACGUCAACUCUGACUGCUUCUUUGGAAAAUGCUGCGAUUCUGAAUUCGAUACUGAUUGCCAACCGCGGCGAGAUUGCUCUACGAGUUGGCCGAACGGCUACACAGCACGGCAUCAAGGUCACAACACUUUACACAAAUCCCGAUAGUAAAGCGCAACAUGCACUGAGCAGUCCGUACGCGUUUAAUCUGGGGGAGACAGCUGCAUAUCUAGAUGGGGACCAGAUCAUAGAAAUAGCCAAGAGAGAGGGCUGCCAGGGCAUUCAUCCGGGCUAUGGUUUUUUAAGUGAGAACUCAGAGUUUGCACGUAAAUGUGCGAACGCAGGGUUGGUCUUCAUCGGGCCGCCAUGGAAGGCUAUUGAAGAUAUGGGCGAUAAGAGCCGUUCAAAGGAAAUCAUGACCGCAGCAGGUGUGCCUUGCGUUCCUGGUUACCACGGAACCAACCAAGAUCCCUUGUUUCUCGAGUCCGAGGCCGACAAGAUGCAUUACCCCGUCCUGAUCAAAGCCGUCAAAGGAGGCGGUGGAAAGGGAAUGCGAAUCGUCAGAUCCAAAAGUGAAUUUCAAGAUCAAUUGCGGUCUGCGAAAAUGGAGGCGCUAAAUUCUUUUGGAAAUGAUCACAUGCUGGUGGAGAAGUAUAUCACAACCCCACGACAUAUCGAAGUACAGGUCUUUGCAGACGUGCAUGGCAAUUGCGUGGCCCUGGGAGAGCGAGAUUGCAGUAUUCAGAGACGACAUCAGAAGAUCUUGGAGGAAUCUCCAGCUCCUCACCUGCCAGAUAGUGUGAGGAAAGAUCUUUGGGAGAAAGCAAGGGCUGCUGCACUGGCGGUGGGCUAUGAAGGUGCAGGAACUGUGGAGUUUAUCUUCGACAAUGACACAGGCCGCUUUUACUUUAUGGAAAUGAAUACUCGACUUCAAGUCGAACAUCCCGUGACGGAGAUGGUAACAGGACAGGACUUGGUCCACUGGCAGAUCCUGGUUGCCCAAGGCGCCUCUCUUCCUUUGACCCAGGAAGAGAUCGAGGCCAACAUUGCCGUCAGAGGACAUGCAAUUGAAGCUCGAAUCUAUGCGGAAAACCCGGAUCAAGGUUUCAUACCCGACUCUGGCCCGCUACUCCAUGUUCGACUCCCCAAAGAAAGCGAGGACGUCCGAAUUGACGCUGGGUUUAUUGCUGGGGACGAAGUAUCGGCUCAUUAUGACCCUAUGAUCUCCAAAUUAAUCGUUCGGGGCUCCAACCGCGAGGAAUCCCUCCGCAAUCUAGCCGCGGCAUUAGAGGAGUACGAGAUUGCCGGGCCGAUCACAAACAUUGAGUUUUUGAAGGCGGUUUGUAAGAGCGCAGAUUUCGCAUCAGGCGCGGUUGAGACGGGUUAUAUCGAGAAGCAUCGCAACGAGCUCUUUGCCAAAAAGCCAGCCGAAGACGAGACUUUGGCCCAGGUAGCUUUGGCGGUUUUCGCAACGCACGCUGCAGCUUCAGGUUCGACUUCUAGGUCAACAAAGUCCAGUCUUACAGGGUCAAUGCUAGGAUUUAGUCCUAGUUUCCAGCAGCGCCAAUUCAGCUUUACCGAAUUAUUAUCUGACGAAACUGCGAAUUCCACGACGCAUCACGUCCAGGUUCAACAGCUCGGCAGUGAUACCUUCCGAGUGACGGUGAACGGGCGCACGUUCGAGCGAGUCAACAGUGAAAUGAACAGCGACACCAACCUGAUUACGUCGUUUUUUGCACACACGCGGCUAGACACCCGCGUAAUCCAGGACGACGAUACGAUUACCGCGUUUCAGCGGGGCAAGCAAUACCGAUUCACGACGGGGCGAGCGGGGUGGAUGGAGAAGGCGCUGGGGAUUAAAGACGUUGCAAACAGUGUUUUGGCGCCGAUGCCGUGCAAGAUCCUCAGCGUUGAGGUCAUGGAGGGGCAGGCAGUGGAGAAGGAUCAGCCGCUUGUUGUCAUCGAGAGCAUGAAGAUGGAGACGGUUAUCCGCAGCCCGCACAACGGGACGAUUACGAAGAUUGUGCAUAAGAAGGGGGCCCCAGCGGGGAGCUCCGAGGCUCAAGCAGACGUUCUUGGUGUCUUCGAGAUUUAA